AUUUUUACGUCUUAUGUAAUGUGUUGAAUACAUAAAUAAUCUGUCAUUCUAUUGAGUGCAGUCAAAAUGCAUAUCAUUAUCAUACAGACAGGAGAAGCAUGAUAACAAUUCAUCAGUAUGCCACCUGAAACUUCUACAUCAUGAGAACCCUGAAGGUUGAUCUGAUACUAAAUGAAGAUAAUGGGCUGAUUUAAAAUCACUUUGAUUGGGAACAUUUUGUAUGGAAUCCUAUACAGAGACAUCAUUCUUCACCUGACUUUCUGCACACUUAUAAGCCCUAUUAAAAGGCAGACACUACCCUUUUGCAUCCUGGCAGUGUUUUUAAGGGCAAAGUCAAGCUGAACAGGACGGAAAUAUGUCAACACAACGGAAGAAGUUUAUUGCCCUGAUAGACAAGGCAAUGGCUGACAGUGUGCAAAUGGCACAAGAAGAGCUAAUGUUUUCUUACAAGGGGAUUUUGUACCCGGCUACUGUUUGCAGCCCAGAAGUCUUCAAAGCGCUUGAGUCCUUCGAAGCAAGGGAUGAUGAUGUCUUUCUAGCAGGAUACCCCAAGUCUGGGACAAACUGGGUUGGUCAGAUCUUGACUGAUCUAGUAAUGACGGCUGCAAAGAAAAGUGAAGAGUCAAAAAACCUGGACGAUGAGGAACUGGAAGAGUUUCCAUAUCUUGAAGUUGGUGAUGCUGAGAAAUAUCAGAGGAUGGCAAAUCUACCUUCAAGAAGAGUUAUAUUUACACAUCUUCUUCCACAAAAUCUCCCUGUGUCUGUUUUUAAGAGCAAAGCCAAGAUCCUGCUGCUCAUUAGAAAUCCAAAAGAUGUGGCUACAUCUUUUUACCAUUUUACCAAUGGGUUGACUCCUCUUCCCUCCUACAACAGCUGGGAUAAAUUCUUCACAGCUUUUAUGAAUGGAGAAAUGCCCUGGGGCUCUUAUUUUGACUAUGUUUUUGAAUGGAACAAGCAUGCCGAUGACAAAAAUAUCAUGACAAUCACUUAUGAAGAAUUGAAGGAGGAUAGGACACUGGGAGUGAAACGGAUCAGUGAAUUCUUGGAGUUGCAUCUAAAUGAUGAAGAGAUUCAAGGAGUGGUAGACAGAAGCAGCUUCCAGGCUAUGAAAGAAAACUCUGCAAAAACACAUGGUGCACUUGGCAAUGUUCUUUUUCGCAAAGGUGGUGUUAGUGACUGGAAGAACCUUUUUAAUGAAGACCACAAUGAGAAAAUGGACCUGACAUUUGAAGAACGCUUAGGUGGGACGAACCUGGGGAAAAAGCUGAAGUAUGAGGUGUACUGCAAAGCUUGAAGAAGACAACAGAACUGUUGUAGCAUAAGCCUCCUAUAUUAAAACUGAGUAGUUACUUCACACACACACACACACACACACACACACACACACACACACACACACAGAGUUAAGAUACAAAUCAGUGAAGAUGAAACAUCUGGAGCAUGACUGCUGUACACGUUGCAAGUAACUGGGAUGUUUAACCGUUUCUUCAAAUCAUGGAGGAAGACUAAGGAGUAGGCAUCACUGGGCACUUGAGAGGGUCAUGCUACAGUGGGUACCGAGUGUCCUCCUCUGGAACUUCUGGCUCUGCUACUGCUGCUGCUAUUGCAUCUCCUUACUAUUGCUGCCUGCUCACCUAUCCACCCUGGACAUGCAAACAGCAUCCCACUUCGUGCCUUUCAUUUUAAUGGUUGUUGAAUCUGCAUCAACAG